AUGAACCACAGCCAGCACAAGCAGAGUCUUUCUUCUUCUACCUCUUUUAAGGCAAGUGUUCCUGUAAGGAGCCACUCUCCCAAACUCUCCGUUCAUCAUGGAAUUUCACAUUUUUCACAUCAUGGAGGAUAUCAUAAAGUUCACCACACAGCCCAUAAUACCCACGGGGGAUCAAGUAAGCCAAUUAUGUUUUCAAAACACUCUUCCUUCCCUCAUGGAUAUGGCUAUGGAAACGUACAUGGUGUUCAUAAUAAUGACAGUCACUUUAAUAGCAUCGGGAGCCACAGUAGCUGGAAGAAUGAUGGUUUUCUCAAUGUCAAUGAGAAGGAAACCAUGCAGCUCCUUAAUGACCGACUGGCAACCUAUCUAGAAAAGGUUCGCUCUCUGGAACAAGAAAAUGCCCAAAUGGAGAAAAAGAUCUGUGAAUGGCAUGAGAAAAAUGUCCAUUCAUCAAUGCCCGAUUUCCAACACUACUACAAGACCAUUGAAGAACUUCAAAACAAGAUCUCCGCAACAUCUCUGGACAAUGCCAGGCUAGUUCUAGAGAUAGAUAAUGCAAGACUGGCUACUGAUGACUUCAAGAACAAAUAUGAGCUGGAAAUCAGGCUGAGAACUUUUGUGGAGAAUGACUUGAAAGGACUGCGUAUGGUUCUGGAAGGCCUUAAUAUAGAGCGAGGUGACUUACAGGUUCAACUGGAGUGCCUGCAGGAUGAAGUGUUGCAGAUGAAGAAGCACCACGAAGAAGAUGUGUCUUCUCUGCGAAACCAACUGGGUUCCAGGAUCAAUGUUCAUGUGGAUGCCGCACCAUCAGUUGACCUCAACAGGGUCCUGUGUGAAGUCAGAGAGCAAUAUGAAAAUAUGAUGGAGAAGAACUUGAAGGAAGUUGAGAGCAUUUUUAUUCUCAGGAGUGAGGAACUGAACAGGCAGAUGGCUUCUGGAUCUGAACAGCUGCAGUCAGUUCAGACUGACCUUAUUGAUCUGAAGCGUUGUUUGCAAACCCUUGAGAUUGAGCUGCAAAGUCAGCUGAGUAUGAAAUCGGCUCUUGAGUGCACUUUGGCAGAGACAGAAGCAACUUUUGGUUCUCAGCUUAUCCAGCUACAAAGCCUGAUUGACAAUGUGGAAGAUCAGCUCUCACAGGUUCGAUCUGAACUAGAGAGACAAAUGUAUGAGUACAAGAUUCUCAUGGAUCAAACAACUCGUCUGGAGAUGGAGAUCAGCACAUAUAAGAAACUGAUGGAAGCAGACAUUCACGUUCCAGAACAUCAUCCUAUUCAUCAAGAGAAGAUCUAUAAAGAAAUAUCUCACGGCAGUUCAAAACACAUCAGUACUCAAGAAUAUGACCAUGGAAAAGGUGGCCACCAAACCAAGGAACCUAGUCACUAA